CGCCGCCCGCCCGCUCCCGCCGCGCGCUCCGCCAUCCCCAUUGGCCGCCGCCCCGCCGCGCCGCCGCUCCCAUUGGCUGCCGGCGAGGCGCACCGUGAGCUGAUUGGUGGAAAAUGCGGCGCUCCCGUAUUAAUCCACAGCGCUCAGUGAUUUCUAUUGGUUCGCAGAGAUGCCGAUCAAACCGCUCUGUGUUUUCAUUGGUUGAAACAGCGCGAGGGCGGCCUCAAAUCUUUCCUUUUUAUUCUAUUGGCUAAACCCCACCGCCUUCCUCUCCUCCUAUUGGCCACCUCCCUCCUUAUCUUCCUUUCCUAUUGGCCAAACGCGCUGUCACUCACUCCGCCGCCUCACAAUGCGCCGGUUAUAAACAAUACACCGAAGCCACGCCCCUUCCCGCCGGCCCCGCCCCUUCCGCCGCAGGCCACGCCCAUUCCAAGAUGGCGGCGGCCAGGCGCGGCGGGCGGCGCUGAGCGGUACCGGCGGUACCGGCGGCUCCCGGCGGGCCCAAAUCGGCCCCGAUCGGUCCCGGAUCGGUCCCGGGGCUCUCAUGGCGGCGGCGGAGGGUGACGGAGCCGGCGGGGGCCGGCGGGAGCCGCCGCGGACGCUGCAGGGGCUGCUGGAGAUGGCGCUGACGGCCGGAGAGGCGCGGCCCGAGCCCCGCGAGCCGCUGGCUGAGGAGAGGCAGCAGUGGCUCCGUGAGGCCGUGUCCGAGGCUCUGUCCGGCCCCGCUGCCGUCCGGGCGCGGCUCCAGCGCUGCCUGCGGCUCCUGGCCCGGCCCUGUCCCGGCGAGGCCGCGGCCGAGAGGGGCCUGGGGGACACGGCCGGACACGAGGCGGCCCUGGCCGAGCUGGCCGAGCUCUGCGAGAGCCUGGACAACGCCACCGAUUUCUGCUCGCUGGGCGGGCUGGAGGCGCUGCUGCCGCUGCUGGGGCACCCUUGGGCGCCGCUGCGGGCCGGGGCCGCGCGGGUGUUGGGGUGCUGCGCCCAGAACCUUCCGGGGGCGCAGGUCCGGGCGCUGGGGCUGGGGGCGCUGCCGGCGCUGCUGGGGGGGCUGAGGGGAGACCCCGACCCAAGCGUGCCCCCCGCCGCGCUCUUCGCCAUCUCCUGCCUGGUGCGGGCGCAGCCCGAGGGGCUGCAGCAGCUGCAGGAUUUGGGGGGGCUGGAGGCGCUCGGGGGGGCCCUGCAGAGCCCCCACCCCCCUCUCCGCGCCCGCGCCGCCUUCCUCCUGCACUGCCUCCUCCGAGAGCACCCCCGGCUCACAGGGCCGCUGCUGCAGCAGGGUCUGGUGCCGCGGGCGGCGGCGCUGCUGCGCUCGGAGCACGACGGGGCCCACGAGCACGGCCUGGGGGUCCUGUGCAGUUUGGCCGCGGGCAGCCCCGAGGGGCUCCGGGAGUGCCGCGAUCCCGCGCUGGGGCUGGAGCAGCUCCUGAGGCAGCGCCGGGAGCAGCUGAAGGGCCACGACCAAUUCCAGGAGGAACUGGAAUUCUGCGAGCGGCUGUUGCAGCUCUGCUUCGAGACCCCCCCCGAGGAAUCCACCAUGGACCGAUGACCCCAAAACCGCCCAAAAUUCCCCCAAAAUUCCCCCAAAACCGCCCCAAAAUUCCCCCAAAACCGCCCAAAAUUCCCCCAAAACCGCCCCAAAAACCCCCAAAAUUCCCCCAAAAACCCCCAAAACCCGCGGGCGCCGCCCGGGCCGGUCUCUGUCGGGGGUUUGGGGCGAAAAAAGCGGCGGGGGCGGCACCGAAAAGGAGAAAAAUGGGAAAAAACCCCAAAAUUCCCCAAAUUCAGCGGCGGGAGCGCGGGAGGGGGCGUGGCUAUGCUAAUAAAGAGGUGUGGUUAUGUUAAUAAAGAGGUGUGGUUAUGCUAA